AUGGAGGGUGUGAUUAAAACACUGGACCAUGAUGAUGAUGAUGAUGAUGAUGACGAUGAUGGGGGGCGGGGGGAGGCUGUGAUCUCUACGUCAGCUGCUCAGACUUCCUUCAGUCUGAGAGGAGGGAGCUCAGCUUUCUCAGACCGCAGCCACAGUAUCUUUGACUGCCUGGACAGUGUCACCCAGCUGACCUCCUCCUCUGUGAACCAGGAUCACGUCACAGACGGAGAGUUUGUUCGGCCUCAGCCUCCACGUCCCAGCAGGAAGACGAGCCACCCUCCGUCCACUGACCCCACACCACCAAAGAAGAGAGGAGUCCCAGACUACCUGGUGCACCCUGAGCGUUGGACUCACUACAGUCUGGAGGAUGUGUCUGAGACCAGUGAACAGGACAACAGGAGGGCCGCUCACAACUUCCUUUCUAGUCUGCGGAAGGAGAGACAGCCUGAAUCAUCCUGUGACAUCCAGCAGAGAAUGAUCUUCUCUAGACCAAACCGACUGCUGAAGGAACAGACUGCAGAUCAGCUGUCAGCCGUCAGAGGAAAAAAGAGGGGGAUGCAUCUCAGUCACUUGGAGGAGGAGGAGGGGGCAGAGGGCAGGGAGGGAGGGAAGGCUGGAGGAACAGAGCAGAGUGAAGAAGAGACUGGAGAGAGAGACAGGAGAAGAGCUGUGGGUCGACCAGAGGAGGGGAAUCAGAAACGAGUGCAGAAAGAACAAGGUGAGGAGGAGAAGACAGAGGAGGUGAACCCCAGCUUUACCUCCUUCAGGAAGACGAAGAGUAAAAUCUACAGGAAAAGUUCAGAGCAAGAGGACAACUGA